AUGACUGCUCAGAUGCUACAAAAAAUCCUCGCUGCCCAUUUAAAAGAGCAUAAAAUCAAUCCUGGUGAACCUGUAGUUGAGGAUGAAGAAGAUGACGAUGAUUAUGAGGGAGAAGAUCAACAAGAUGGGGAUGUCAGUGGUAGAUCGAAGCAAAGCAGAAGCGAAAGCAAGAGUCGUAAGGCGAUGCUGAAGCUUGGAAUGAAACCCAUCACUGGUGUUAGCCGUGUUACAGUCAAGAAAAGCAAAAAUAUUUUGUUUGCGAUCUCAAAACCGGAUGUUUUCAAAAGCCCAACAUCUGACACGUAUGUUAUCUUCGGCGCUGAGCAAUUUAAAGCUCCUGACCUAAGUAAUGUAGUCUCCAAGCCUGAGUCGUCAGCCCCUGCUCAAGAUGAGGAGGAUGUGGAUGAGACAGGAGUAGACCCCAAGGACAUUGAGUUAGUCAUGACACAAGCUGGAGUCUCUAGGCGAAAGGCUGUCAAGGCGCUCAAGGCUUUGUGA